CCGAGAUCAGCGACGAUCUCUUCCAAGGCUGGGACGAAGACUCGCCGCCGCCACCGCCCGCUCCGGAGCUCCGCGCGCCCCCCCGCUCCGCCGAGCUGCGCGGACCGCUGUCGCCGCGGGAGGGCGGAGCUGAGCCGGGCGCCGGUGCCCCACAAGCCGAAGCACACGGCGCCGCCCCAGACGAGGCGACGCGGUUGCGCGUCCAGCUAGACGAGGCCAACAGCCAGGCGGCGAGGAAGUUGGUGGAGGCGUCGAAUGGUGCCGAGGAGCGGCUGGAGGCCGCGAGGGCGGAAUUCCGCGGCCAGCUGGAGGAGGCCCGGCAGGAGGCGUCGAGGGACCUGGCGGAGGCGUCGCGGGCCGCCGAGGCGCAGCUGGACGCCGCCAGGUCGGAGCUGCGCGCCGCCGAGGCCCGGCUGCGGGAGGCCGACGGUGCAGAGGUCGUGCAGUUGCGCACGGAGCUGCAAGAGGCUGGGCGGCGCGCGGCGCAGCUCGGCGAGCUGGCCUCCGAGAGGGAGCGGCUCCUCCGGCAGGCGAAUGCAGCCGACGAGGAACUGCGAGCGCAGCUUCGUGCGCUCGAGACCGAGAGGGAACAGGCGCAGCAGCAGGCGGCGAGGGGCGAGGAGACGCUCCGAGCAGAGCUCGACCGGCUCGCCUCCGAGAACGAGCGGGCCCGGCAACAGGCGGAGCACGCGGAGGCGGCGGCGAGGGCGCGCCUCGAGGGCGGGGACGCCGAGAGGCAGCGGCUCCAGCAGCAGGCAGCGCAGGCGGACGAGGACAUGAGAAACCAGCUCGGCACGCUCGAGAUGGAGAAGCAGCAGCUGCUUCAGCAGGCCGAGGCCGCAGAGGGCGCGCUGCGGGGGCGCCUCGAGGUGCUGGAGGCCGAGGGCGCGGGGCUGCGGCUUCGGGCCGCCGCCGCGGCCGAGGCCGAGGCGGCGGAGGGGGCGCUGAGAGCGCGGCUCGAGGCGUUGGAGUCCGAGAAUGCAGAGGCUCGGAUCCAGGCCGCUGCCAUGGCCGAGGCCAGAGCCCAAGACGCCGGCCUGGCGGCGCAGGUCGGCAGGCUGGAGUCCGAGAAGGCGCACCUCCAGCAGCAGGCCAGCGCAUGCGCCGAGGCCAGGGCGGCGGAGGAGGCGCUGCGGGCGGAGGUCGGCAGGCUCGAAGGAGAGAGGGCGGAGCUGCAGCAGCAGGCCGCCGCCGCGUCCGAGGCCGGGGCGGCCGAGGAGGCGCUGCGGGCGCAGCUGGCCGAGCUGGAGGGCGAGAGGGCGGAGCUGCGGCAGCAGGCCGCCGCCGCGUCCGAGGCCAGCGCGGCGGAGGAGGCGCUGCGGGCGCAGCUCGGCAGACUCGAGGACGAGAAAGCCGAGCUUCAGUUGCAGGCCAGUGCCGUGUCCGAGGCCCGGGCGGCGGAGGAGGCGCUGCGGGCGCAGCUCGGCGAGCUGGAGGCCGAGAGGGCGGUGCUGCAGCAGCAGGCCGCCGCCCUGUCCGAGGAAGACUGA